AUGAUUGCUGCACACUACCCAACUCAAUCCCGCAACACCAAGAGCCAAGAUUCGAUGGUGACUGCUGCUCGAAGCAUCAUUCAUUCCAUCCCUAUCCUCAGCCAUCAUGGCAAGCCUUCACUUGCCAGUGCAAGCACCUCUUCGUCGGUCGAGAGCGAGAAAUCUCGUCUCAUCCCACUCAUCCUCACAUCUGCCACGACGAACAUCGUUCGCAACUACGGCGCAAUCACUCACCGCAAACAAGAAGAACGUAAGGAAGAGUUGAAGCGUUUAAUCUCUCGUCCUAUCUCGCAAGAAGAACGCAUCUACCAAACAUACUCGCAAAAUGCAAGAAGCAGGCAAGAGGUGGAGGAGAGACAAGAGCGAGUCGAAGGAGAGCAAAGCAUGGCCAGCGUCUACUCAACCGACACUUGGGCGAACGAGACAGACGACGAGUUGGACCGAGUUGGCGAUGCAUUCGAAUUUGACAUCUACUGCCGCGGGGAGAAAGUCAAGGAGGACCGAAGUUCGAUUCAGACUUUUGCUUCUAGCGAGAGGAGCUAUACUUUCUUCUAA